AUGGCCAACACCGACGCUCCCAUUGGUACGUCAGCUCUUCUCCGCCAACAACCCCUUAUCCUCCUCGAUGGCGGUACCGGCUUCCUCAAAGUCGGUUACGCCGCCCAGAACUUCCCCGAAUUCCAAUACCCCUCGAUAGUCGGCCGCCCCAUUCUCCGCGCCGAAGAAGCCAAAUCGCUUUCCGACUCGUCCGACAUUGUGAUCAAAGACAUCAUGUGCGGUGACGAGGCCGCGGCCGCCCGCACCAUGCUCCAAAUCAGCUACCCGAUGGAGAACGGCAUCGUCAAGAAGUGGGACGACAUGCAGCACCUAUGGGACUACACUUUUCACGAAAAGAUGAAGGUCGAUACGCGGGGAAGAAAGAUCUUGUUGACGGAGCCGCCUUUGAACCCGCUGAAGAACAGGGAGCAGAUGACCGAAGUCAUGUUUGAGCGCUACGACUUUGGAGGUGUCUAUGUCGCUAUUCAGGCGGUGCUGGCAUUGUAUGCUCAGGGUCUCUCCUCUGGUGUCGUAGUCGACUCUGGCGACGGUGUCACGCAUAUCGUUCCCGUCUACGAAUCCGUGGUUCUCAACCACCUUACCCGCCGCCUCGAUGUGGCCGGCCGCGACGUCACCCGCAACCUGAUCGCCCUCCUUCUCCGCCGCGGUUACGCCCUGAACCGUACUGCCGACUUUGAGACCGUCCGCCAGAUCAAGGAAAAGCUCUGCUACGUCUCGUACGACCUCGAGCUCGACAAGCGCCUGUCCGAAGAUACCACCGUCCUCGUCGAGAGCUACACCCUUCCCGACGGCCGCGUCAUCCGCGUCGGCUCCGAGCGUUUCGAGGCCCCCGAGUGCUUGUUCCAGCCGCACUUGGUGGAUUGCGACCAGCCGGGUAUCGCCGAAUUCCUCUUCAACACUAUCCAGGCCGCCGAUGUCGACGUGCGCUCCUCGCUAUUCAAGGCGAUCGUCCUGUCGGGUGGUUCCAGCAUGUACCCCGGCCUCCCAAGCAGACUGGAGAAGGAGCUCAAGCAGCUGUGGUUGACGCGCGUGCUGGGAGGCAACCCGGAGAGGCUGAGCAAGUUCAAGGUCAGGAUCGAGGACCCGCCGAGAAGAAGGCAUAUGGUCUUCUUGGGUGGUGCGGUGCUGGCGAAUAUCAUGGCGGAUAAGGAGAGCAUGUGGAUCACGAAGCAGGAGUGGGAAGAGCAGGGCGCGAGGGUGCUGGAGAAGUUGGGUCCUAGGUAAGGGACAACUGAGGGUGAAAGCUGUUUAGACUACAAUAGCAGGCGAUAUAAUGUUUUCCGUUGGUAGGUAAAUAAAGGAUAAUGCGAGAGUUUGUUAGAGUUUGGUGUGAGUCUGUUGGUUCCGACAGGGGAAAUCGAACAAUGGCCUUGUGCCAAGAGUCAUGGUCUUUUGGGAUGCCAUGAAAGAAGUCCCCAAUACCACCACAACGGCGCCAACAUCAAGCAAGAUGCGGACAGCGGAACGGGACGGUCCCGGACAAACAUCGGGAAGACGGAAAGGUGAAGUGGCCCACCCCACCUUCUGGACAUCGAUACGGUACGCUAAGGCCGGCAGCGAUACAGUGGCUUAUCAGAGCUGACACACUAACAGAAGCAAACAUCAUCAGAUCUCUGCUAGCCUGACAUGUCGCUCGUGACGAAAAGGGCAACUGAUGUUAUUGUUUUCCUUCGUGUGUCACUUUGAUGUUG